AUGGCACACCUGGCCAAAUACACUAAUAUUAUUGACCUUGAACAGGUUACCAAACGUAAUAUUAAUAAAAAGAAUUUUUUUGACAUCCUAUGUAUUGCCCUUCAGAAAGUAGAACUUACCAAACCAACCGCUAUUCAAGGAUAUGUAGAGCGUAUUUUACCAACUAAAGAAUACAACAAUACUGAAAACUUUGUUAAAGACUAUAGAUCCGUACUUAAGGAACUUGGUGUUAAGAAUGAAGUUCAACUCACCUACUUGUUGUUUAUUCUCGCCGCUGUUGCUAACGAGUAUGAAGUCUCUUUGAAGAAUUACAUUGAGAAAACAAUUCAAGAACAAGUAGUGCAGUUUGAGUCAACAGAAUUAGCCAAUGAUACGCCAGUAUCAACUAUACAUGAAACCGAAAUUGUAUCAACAGAAGUACAGCCGAUGGAAACAGAAAUUUUUGAUAAUGUCAAACAUCAAUUAAUGGAUUCUAAACAGAGUUCCACAAAACUGAACGCCAAAGCCACUCCCUAUAUCCCAAAAGGAAAAGGACAUACUGUUACAUUUGCAGAAAUGGCCUCCAGGAACCUAGAUACAAGCAGUAACUGUGAUACCUUUCUGACUCCACCUGGUAAUAGGCAAAAAGUUAACAUGACCAAGCAUUCAGCGUCCAAUAGCAAGACUCAACUAGCUAAGAAUAAACAACAACACGCUCCUCCAAAAGAAAUACAAUCAGUAAUAACUGGAUAUGAUCCAGAAAGAGAACGAUUUCAGGCUGUGGUGAAAGAUUUACCUGGAACUGUCACCACUUUGAUGCUUUAUUCAUUGGAUCCUUCUCAAUCACCUAUAUUCCAUUUGGGAUGCAAAGCUUUUAAGGUGGUUCAAGAGAAACGUACCUGCAAGCUUAUCACGUAUUAUGAAAAUUGGGCUGAUUUGGAUAAAAUCAUGAAUACCAAGUUGAAUUUGCAAGAAUAUAAAGGUGUUUGGACUAGGUAUUUCUCGCUUCAACUAUCUAAAGGUUGUAAUCAAUCACUAAGAAGUGGCCAAAAUCAAAAACAGAAUCAAGACUUGGCACACAAGGUUGUAACAAAUACUACAGAUAAUAAGAUUAAGAUGAGCAAUCCUAUUGGAAAGAAACACAUAUUUUCAACUUUAAAGAAUAUGAAAAAAGGGUUGGAUGGUAGUGAAUCUGGCAAACUAACAUUAUUAGCAGAAAUUAGAUCAUUACUAAGAAGGCUUGAGAACUGA